AUGGCGCCGGCCAGGAGGAAGCGCCUGCGGGCCGCUGAGGAGGCCCAGAUGGAGGCUCAGGGUAUGGCAGCGUGUGACUCUGAGAGACAGGAGGAGAGAGGGCUGAGUGGGCCAGAGGGUGCGCCCGAAGUUGACCUUAAGCAGGCUCUUCUUGCAAAGAGAAAAAAGCUUGAGAUGGAUGCAGAAGCUUCUAUCAAAACCGCUAACGAAAAAAUUGACCGUGUUUGGAAAAGACAACGAGAACAAAGGCAGAAUCUUCAUCUCAGAUAUUCUCAGCGGUUUCAGACUUUGUUUCGGGAGUGGGAUAUAGACGUGCAGAAAGCCCAGGAACGAGAAGAAAAACUAGCUAAUAUGUUACGAGAGCAACGAAAGAGUCUUCAACAAGCUAGAAUGAUUCAGAAGCAGAAACUGAAAAAGAUUAAAAAUUUAUGUGAGCAAUUCCUAAAGAGUAUGGAGGAGUUAGAGAAGGAUCAUGAACGUCUUGUUACCGAUAAACAACAUGAAGUUAGACAAGAAAUGGCCAAGUUUCAAAACAAAAUUAUGAGUGAAACUCAGCAGCAUGAGCUGGCAAUGUGGCAAGCGACUUUUCAGAGCCUGUUACUCUGA